AUGGCACCGAAAGAGCUUACAGAACUUAAGGCUCAACUGCAAAAACUUUUGGAUCGUGGUUUCUUCCGUCCCAAUAUGUCUCCGUGGGGAGCACCAGUUCUAUUUGUCAAGAAAAAGUAUGGGACCAUGAGGAUGUGCAUUAAUUAUCGACGGCAAAAUAAGUUGACCAGGCAUUAUCUAUAUGGAGAGAGUUGUAUUGUCUACACUGAUCAUAACAAGUAUCUCCUCACUCAAAAGGAGUUCAAAUUUAGGCAGCGGCGUUGGAUUAAACUGCUCAAAGAUUAUGACUGUAAUAUAGAGUACCAUCCUGGUAAGGCUAAUGUUGUGGCUGAUGCACUCAGUCGUAGAGUAAUGUCUGAUUUGAGGGUUGAGAGUGGUGCUACUUCUAAUUUUGGGUUGAAUAAUGAUGGGGUUUUGUGUUUUCGAGGGUGGAUCUGUGAUCUCCGUGUACUGCACUGGUGGUCGAGUUUGAAGCAUGAGGUUACUAAUUUUGUUGCUCGAUGUCUGACAUGUCAACAAGUUAAGGCUGAGUAUCAGUUGCCUUCAGGUUUGCUACAAACCGUUAAGAUUCCCUUGACACCCACUAAGAAGGACUCUGUUUGGGUCAGCAUGGAUCAAUUGACUAGGUCUGCUCACUUCAUUCCAGUUUAG